AUGAACAGUGACUUAGAGUAUUUGGAGGACGGAUUCGAUCCGAAUUCAAUGAAAGUUGCGACUUUGCGGAGGAUAUUGGUGGAGAAUAAUGUCGAUUUCCCAUCUAAUGCUAGAAAAAACGCACUAGUGGGGUUGUUCGAUGAAAAGGUUAAACCGCAGAUUCCGCAGUUACGGAAAAUGUAUUUGAACGUCAAGCCCAGCGACGAAGGUAUCGUGAGAAUGGACCGUCCUUCAUCUUCCCCAUCUGUAGCUUCCCCUCGUGGGAAUAGACGAGCUCGCAGAGGGAAAUCUGCUUCUCCCCUGGCCAAACAGUUCAAGAAAAAUAGAAUACUGGACGAUGUAAGUAAUGAUGAUGAUGAGAGAGACGAUCCUUUAAUCAUACGUAGUGGAACGGAGGGCGAGGAGGACGAUGAUCAGGACGAUGCAAUGACAUCAGGCUCCAACAAAUCAGACACCAACGAUUUCCAGCAGAAUUCUGAUGCUCGUAAGAAAAGGAAAGGCCCGGAUUCCGACGAUGGCCCCGAAUCUAAUUCAAAGGAAAAUAAAGUUGAUAAUAUCACCAAUGAACAUUUCAAUAUCUCAUCUUCAGAUUCAGAAAUUGAACAAGAUUAUCAGAAAGCAAAGAAACGUAAGACAGGUAGUUUGAAUCAAGAACAUGGAAACGGCUCCGCCAUUUUGGGGAAACUUUCUGUCAAGACACCAAUAAAGAACACAAAUAAGAAGCCAGUAAACAUGGAUCAUUUUAACGAUUCGAUGACUUCUAGUGGUACGGAAAAUGAUCUGUUUGUACCGAACAUACGGCACAAUCCAAAAGAGCUUGGAACCGACAAUGGAACAAGGCAUAGCACACCGCUGGGUAAGUUAAAAGUUUCAGCCUCAUUUGCAGAUAAAUUGCCUCAAAAGGAGGAACCAACUACAAUAUUGGUUCCGGAAGUAGAGCAGCAAGAACCUUUUCAGAGUGAGAAAGCUCCCUCUUUGUUUUCAUCCGAAGACUCAGGCUCAGAAUCGGAAGCGUCCUUGCUUCCAGAGAUUACCACACCAGGCCCUGACGAAAGUGUGGGAAGCACCAGCCAAAAUGUGGUCGAAAUUUUAGAAACUGAUGGUAGCAACUCGGAAUCGGAAUCGGAUGAAGUUCUAGUGCCUACAAGGAUCGAAACUCCUCAAUUACCCACAACAAAAGACGUUGAAAAGUGUGAAGCAAGAGUGCAAGAACUUCAGGAGGAAGUCAAUGAACAAUUGGAGGAUGAAAAUGAGAAUGAAUUUGAUACAAAGCAAGGGCAAGAAUCCGGAAAGAUCGAGAACAGUACGCCAAAGAGGCAUACAUUUAAAAAAAUCGUCAAAUUUCUGAGCAAAUCACUGUUAGCGCUAUUCCUAUUCUGUAUGUUCAUAGUCGUUCCUCUUUUAUUUGGCCUUUGGUACAGAGAACAAAGACUGCUAAUAGGCUACUGCGGUCAUGAAGUACCAUCCCAUCGAGUUAACGGGCAGUCCCCUGAGUUUGUCCAGAAAUUGGAUAAUUGGUUACAGGACUACAGACCAAAAUGUAUCCCUUGUCCACCCAAUGGUAUUUGCUAUCCUUAUUUGAAACUAAAAUGUAAACCAGAUUACAAGUUAGCUCCAUCUAGGCUUGACUUUUUGGAAAUCAUACCAGCACAAGGCAAAUGUAUUAAAGACGACAAAAAACAACAGUUAGUUUCUGAAGUGGUUGAAAAAUCUUUAGAGUUUCUGAGGGCGAAAAAUGCACAAAUUUCAUGUGGUGACGGGAAGGACGACAUCGAGAGUGGUAUGACAGAAGAUGCCCUCUACCAAAUAUUCAAUGAGGCUAGAGCUCCUUGGAUUCGCGAUGAUGAGUUUGAGGACCUAUGGAUCCAAGUUAUCAAAGAUUUAACUGAAGAACCAGAAAUAUUAUGGAGGCAACUAUCACCCAUUGACAACAACACUAGCAGAAGUUCCAACAACAUCAUUGAAACCAAUGACAUUCCGAGACAGAAGAGACAUAUUCCAGAAAAAUUCAUCUCCUCCAAGACGAGGAAUUUUCGGUCGACGUCCAAGAAAUACAUUGGAAUGAAGUGUCGAUUUGAGAGAGAAAUCUACCAAACGUACAAAAAAUUCCAAAGACCAAUCUGGUUAACACUUUUACUAAUCGUCAUCAGUAAAACGAUUGAAACCAAGUUGAAGAAUUAUUAUAGGAGGAAGGCCAGAAUUGAAGAGCUCGUCACUCAAACCAUGGAAAAAUUGAAAUCCCAAAAGAUCAAAUCCAUGUCAGAUCCGAAAGAAAACGCGUACUUGAGUAUAGUUCAAUUGCGUGACAUCUUUCUUUCUGAUAUUGUUGAUUUGAAGUACAAAAAUCACUUAUGGUCACAAGUGGUGAAGUAUUUAGAGCAUAAUAAUAGUAAUAUUAAAUCGAACCUGACUGAAAUUCGGGGCGAAAUAAUGAAGUGUUGGGAGUGGAUAGGACCAAUGGAACUCAAUGCACCUAACGAUUCGGCUGAAGAAAAAAUAUCAUCCAAAAAAGAAACCAAAUCAUAG